AAUAGCAAUAAUAAAAAAACCAAAACAAAUUAUAAAUAAUUAAAAAAUAAGCUAUAUAAAAAUGCAUAUAUUUAAAUUGUUUAAAAUAUAAAAAAACAUACAAACAAAACAAGAUUUAAAAAUUUCUAGAGAAAAACACAAUUUGUUAUAAAAACCCCGGUUUGAGUUUGCAAUCAUCACAGUCAUUAUUGGACUCUUAUCUGAAACCAACAAAAAAAAAAAACUAAACAUUUAAAAUGAAGGUCUUCAUCACUUUAGCUGUUGUUUGCUUAAUUGCCUCUGCCUUUGCGCACCACGAAUUGUCCGAAGAAGAAAAAGCCAAAAUCAAGGCUCACUACGCAAAAUGUGUUAAACAAGAGAAUGUCCCCGAAGCUGAUGCCACUAAAUUGAAAAACAAGGAAUUCGCUAAUCCUACACCAGCCAUGAAAUGUUUCGGUGCUUGCUUCCUUGAAGAAGUCGGCAUCUUGAAGGGUGAUGCUGUCCAAGAAGAUGUUGUUAUGGCCAAAUUGGUACCCCACUACGGUGAAGAAAAUGUCAAGAAGGUUUUGGAGAAAUGCAAAAAUGAAAAGGGCGCCGAUCGUUGUGAAACCGGUUACAAAAUCUUCGAAUGUGUUGAAAAAGCUAAAGCUGAAUUAGGUCACUAAAUUGUAAAACACCGGUGAUUCGAAAAAAGUAUUAAAUAUGUUAAAAUAAAUGUUGAAAAAAAGUAAAA